AUGGCCUUCCGAAAGCGCAACGUGGGCAUCAAUCGCGUGCCUACGGGCUCAGAGCCGUCGUCUCCCGCCACAGCACCGAGCCACGCGCCUACGAGCAUCCCAGGCAUACGUCCGUCUCCGGUCGAUGGCCGUCCUACGACGUCUACUGGCACACCUUCGUUGGACGGGAUUCUGGCAGGGCAUGCUGGUUUCGCGCUUGGCUCUUCCUUGCUAAUUGAGGAAAGCGGAACAACCGACUUCGCCGGCGCGCUGCUCAAGUACUAUGCUGCAGAGGGUGUGGUUCAAGGGCACAAGGUGCAUGUGGUUGGGCUGGGGGAGCCAUGGGGACGAGAGCUUCCGGGCUUGAUCGGUGUCGCAGAUGGCGAGACAGAGACGGCACCAAACGGAAGCAAGAAGGAGCGCAUGAAAAUAGCGUGGAGGUAUGAGAGGCUUGGCGAAUUGGAUGCGGAAAAGCGAAUCGGAGGUGCAAGAGGGCCAGCUGAGCGAGCAUCGCCAAGUGCUUCUGGUGCAUCGCCAGCGUCUCAGGAUGCGGCUGCGCCGCCUCCAUUCUGCCACAAGUUCGACCUCGCCAAGCGACUAGAGUUUCCAGCUGGAACCUCGAUCAACUAUAUUCCGCUUCCGUACCAACAGACCUCGCCUUUUACGUCCAUCCUUCAGAAUGUCUCCUCACAGCUCGCGUCGAGCCCAGCCACGACCAUUCACCGUCUUCUAGUGCCGAGUCUACUCUCGCCGGCGCUGUACCCGCCCCACUCAAGCCAGCCGUCUUUUCUUCUCCAAUUCCUUCACGCACUAAGAGCACUGCUACGGAAGUACCCGAAUAGACUAACAGUCAUACUCUCACUUCCAUUGGAGCUUUACCCGCGAAGCUCCGGAUUAGUGCGGUGGGUAGAACUUCUCAGCGAUGGAGUUCUGGAGCUGCAACCUUUCCCGCACCUGAUGGAUACCUACGGCGAGCUGGCAUCGUCGGGUGCAGCGACGGCGAGCGAGGAAAGACCGCAAGGAAUGCUUAGGGUGCAUAGGCUCCCAGUGUGGCAUGAGCGCGGAGGAGGUGGUGGGGGCGUGGCUGGCGUUGGAGACGACUUGGCGUUUACCCUAAGCAGGCGGAAGUUCGUGAUCAAGCCAUUCAGCUUGCCGCCUGUAGAAGGCGACACGGAAGCGCAAGGGGCGCUUGGAGCCGAAGGUGGUGGCGGUGGGAAGCAGACAAAGGUUGAUAUUGAUUUCUGA